GGAACGUCUCACCUUAUGCCGUUAGUCGAGGAGGAUCUCGAAGCUCAUCGCGCGUCGUGCUCGAGGUGAGAAAAUCGGCUUCAUUGCUGAUCCCGGUCGACUGGCUGUGCACGGCCUGAGUCGAGCGCGGGACUCAACCCCGCGACCUUUUACAGUACGCGGCGCACGUCUAUUAUAACGAACGUCAUUCAUCCUUUUGUCCAGUCCUCCACACUUCAGCUUCAGCAUGGCCAAUUCUACCGAUAAACCUGCGCCGGCUUUGGUCGAGCACCACCACCAGCCCACAGGCGACUGCCCGCACGCCGUAGCCUCGACGAUCAUCCAGCGCCACCGCGACAACCGUCAGCGAUUCGACUCGGCCGACUACGAGAUGGCGCAGCGUGCGUCGGGGCCGUGCGCCGGAUGCACGUGUGGCAAAUGCGCGCCGUCGGACGGAAAUGAACUAGAGCGAGAACCGGAGCCUGGCACGGCAGAAGCUCGCGAGCAGCUUCGGUGUCUGCGAAUGCAGCGCUUCGACUCGGCCGACUGGGCCCUACAGGCUCAGCGCGCGCAGCAGAAUCCGCAGACGGACUCUCCGGCAACUGAACCCGCGAACGUCGCGCAGAUGCUCAUGGAUCGACAUGCGCUCAAAACGUGUGCGUUCGUAGGUCCCGCUCCUGUCAAGGGUGACGAGCGCAACACCAGCAAGGCAUAGGCCAAGGACAGAGCACCUCGGUGAGGUAGCUUACUUCGAAGUACAUGUAAUAAACAGCAAACCUUAUCAACGUC